AUGUCACUUGAACCUGAAGAUGAUUUUUUUACUGAUUUUAAAUCACCACCUAUUUUUGAGGAUCUUGGAGAAAAAGUUAAAGAUUAUUUACUAAAACCAGAAAGAUUAUCGAUUCAUAAAUGGGAAAGAUCACAAACCCAUUGGCAUAGAUCUAGUGAUAUUGAUUCUUUGUUUAAAAUUGAUGACGACGAAGUAGGUCUUGAUACUACAUUAGAAGUAGUGCGAGAUCCUAUUACAGGAGAAAUAAUUGGCGUUCAAGAGUUAAAUAUACCUGUAGAAGAUGAUGAAGAGAGUCUUUCAAUGUCUAGAGCACCAUUACCCCCAAGUCUUGCUACUAGGGGAAGUACAACUCAGAAUCCAUUUCUUCCCGCUGGUUUUGAAGAAGAACUCCAGAAGAUGCUUGAUGAAGCAGCAAAAACUGGAGAGAUAACUUUAAAUUUAGAAGAUGACGAGCCAGGAAAAUUUUUGGGUGAAGAAUUAUUAACAACACCCCCAGGCUCUGAACAAAAUGUGGUGUUUGCCAAUGAUGGAGUUACUUUGUUAGAACAACUCAACAAAGAUGAACCACAGGAAGACAAGAGUGAGGAUAUUGAUCUCCAGGGUAAUAUAAAUUUAGAAGAAGUGGUUGACACAAAUGCACAUUUAGUAGGUCUUUGGCAAGAUGAUACUGAAGUGGAACAACAAAAGAAGAAACCACAAAUGAAGAAAAUAGAAUUACACAUAGAAAAAGAUUCAGGUGAUGACAACUUCUUAGAGGAGACUGUCAUUAGACCUCCAGUAGAACUUCCGGAGAUACCAGUGCUAAACAUAACAAACUCGGCUGUUAAAAUGGGAGUAACAUCUACUGAGUGGGCUGAAAUGAUUGAUGUCACAUUACCGGUGCCUAAUUUCAAAGAACAAAUAAAUGAUAUGGCACAUACAUUUCCAUUUGAGUUGGAUAAUUUUCAGAAGCAGGCAAUAUUAAAAUUAGAAGAAGGUCAUCAUGUUUUUGUCGCAGCACACACUUCAGCUGGCAAGACAGUAGUUGCGGAAUAUGCCAUUGCUAUGUCAAGAAGGAAUUGUACCAGGGCCAUCUACACAUCUCCUAUCAAGGCGUUGUCUAAUCAAAAAUAUAAUGAUUUCAACAAAACGUUUGGCGAAGUGGGAUUGUUGACUGGUGAUCUUCAGAUAAAUGCCACAGCCUCAUGCCUCGUCAUGACCACGGAGAUCUUGCGCUCCAUGUUGUAUUGCGGGUCGGACGUCACUAGGGAUCUAGAAUUUGUCAUAUUUGAUGAAGUCCACUAUAUUAAUAAUGCUGAGCGUGGUUACGUCUGGGAAGAGGUGCUGAUACUGCUGCCGGCGCACGUGAGCAUAGUGAUGCUGAGCGCGACGGUACCCAACACGCUGCAGUUCGCGGACUGGGUGGGCCGCACCAAGAAGCGCAAGGUGUACGUGGUGUCCACGCCCAAACGGCCUGUGCCAUUGUGCCACUAUCUGUAUACAGGGUCCGGUGGUAAAUCUAAAAAUGAAAGGUUUUUAGUUGUGGAUCAAGAAGGAAACUUCCAGCUACGAGGCUAUAACGAAGCUGUGGCUGCUAAAAAAGCUAGAGAAAACGAUCAUAAGAAAAACUUUGGACCUAAAGGCGGAAAACAGUUUGGCAAUUCAAAGGCCGAACAGACUAUGUGGGUGGCGUUCGUGGACCAUCUCCGGACAUGCGACAAGUUACCCGUCGUAGCGUUUACUCUAUCAAGAAAUAGGUGUGACCAAAAUGCAGAAAACUUAAUGUCUGUAGACUUGACAACUGCUAAAGAAAAGAGCCAUAUAAGGUUAUUCUUUUCAAGGUGCCUCCAACGUUUGAAGGAACCUGACAGAAGAUUGCCUCAGGUAAUUCGUUUACAACGGGUAUUGGAAAACGGAAUAGGCGUACAUCACAGCGGUAUUUUGCCGCUACUUAAGGAAAUUGUUGAAAUGCUUUUCCAAACCGGUCAUGUAAAGCUCCUGUUCGCGACGGAAACGUUCGCGAUGGGCGUGAACAUGCCGGCGCGCACCGUGGUGUUCGACGACAUCAGCAAGUUCGACGGCGUCCAGUCGCGCAGCCUCGCGCCCGCCGAGUACAUACAGAUGGCGGGUCGCGCCGGGCGCAGAGGUCUUGACGCGACCGGGACGGUAAUUAUCCUGUGCAAAGAGGGAGUUCCCGACCAGAUGACUCUGAAAGGCAUGAUGUUAGGUACUCCACAUAAAUUGUCCUCGCAAUUUAGACUCACGUAUGCCAUGAUAUUGAGUUUGUUAAGAGUAGCUACAGUGUCUGUGGAAGGUAUGAUGCAACGCUCUUUUAGGGAGUUCCAUCAGAUCUGCCAAGCGGACAAUUAUAGGAAACAACUGCAAAUAGCUGAAAAAGAAUAUUCUGAAAAGUGCAGUACACCCCUCGCCUCACAUUUGUCCCUUUUAGCAACAUUCUAUGACACUGCUGCGGCGUAUAUUGAUGUGUUAAACGAUAUAAUGCCUAUACUAUUGAAUCAGUCCAAAGUAAUCAAGGAGCUAGUUGCUGGGAAAGUGCUGAUUUUGGCUGCCGGACCCUAUAUUAAUCAGCUGGGCAUAUUUUUGAAUAGCAGCGGUCCCAGACAAACUCCAUAUAAAGUGUUGGUUCUCAAUGCAAUAGAAACUGAUCCGACGCGAUACAACUUUGAUAUUGACGACAAUUGGUACGGGAUGCUUGGGUUUUCGGCGCUUUAUGACUACAUAGGCACUGAGGAAAGUACAAUGGACCACACAAUAUUGUGUAUAGCGCCUAAGAAUAUUAGGGCUAUCACUAAAAUGAAUCUCAAAAUUGAUGCUAACAUCAUUAUACAAGACUGGGAAAAAAGGCAAAUACCAAGAUUCAGAGACGCGCCAGUAGGAUCGAGCUGCGCUAGUGCAGUACAAGAGCUGUCUCGCAUUUCGCACGCAGUUCGCACCGGAGCUACCACACUGGAGAAACUGAGCCUUACACAAUCCCUCGCUAUCUCCACUGGCGAAAUAUUACACUCGUUGGACAAGAUGAAUCGACUUAGGGAAGCACUAGAUGCUCAAAAAAAGAAUACAGAUAUAGCAAACUUUAAAAGCGAAUUCGCCAUCGUCUACGAGCGUAAACAAGCGGAAAGGAAGCGAGACAAAUAUAAGCGGUUACUCUCAUUCGAGAACCUGGCCCUCUACCCGGACUAUCAGAGAAGACUUCUAGUCUUACGAGAACUGAACUACAUAGAUGAACAUGAUAGUGUUAUACUAAAAGGCAGAGUGGCCUGUUGUAUGGGCACCAACGAACUAAUCAUAUCAGAAUUGGUGUUUAGAAACGUCUUCACAGAUAUGAACCCGGCGGAAAUAGCGGCUCUGCUCAGUUGUUUCGUGUUCCAAGCUAAGACUAGAGUGGAGCAAGUGCUGACGGAACGUUUGGCGGAAGGAGUUAAGACGAUCGAAAAGAUAGAUGGCGAAUUGACUGCUGUUGAAUCUAAAUAUAUGGUUGGUCAAUUCGAGGGCCAAGCAGAACGACUGAAUUUCGGCCUCGUGAGAGUGGUGUAUGAAUGGGCGCUAGAAAAACCGUUUUCGGAAAUCGUUGAUUUAACUGAUGUACAAGAAGGAAUUAUUGUAAGAUGCAUCCAACAGCUUCACGAGUUAUUAGUCGACGUUAAAGAUGCAGCAGUGGCUAUAGGAGAUCCCAAACUCCAAGCAAAAAUGAUGGAAGCAUCUACAGCUAUAAAAAGAGACAUUGUAUUUGCUGCCAGCCUAUAUACCACCCAAAGAGAGACUAUUAUGUUA